AUGUCUUCCGCAACCACAUUCUUCGACUUCAAGCCCAAAGACAAGAAGGGCAAAGAGUACUCUCUUUCUCAACUCAAGGGCAAAGUCGUCCUCGUCGUCAACACCGCCUCGAAAUGCGGCUUCACCCCACAAUUUGAGGGCCUCGAAAAACUCUACAAGGAGGUCUCCGCCUCGCACCCCGACUUCGUCAUCCUGGGCUUCCCGUGCAACCAGUUCGGCAGCCAGGACCCCGGCUCCAACGACGAGAUCCAGAACUUCUGCCAGGUCAACUAUGGCGUUACGUUCCCCGUGCUGGGCAAGAUCGAUGUGAAUGGCGAUAAGGCGGACCCGGUGUUUGAGUGGUUGAAGACUGAGAAGCCCGGCCUAAUGGGGUUGAAGAGGAUCAAGUGGAACUUCGAGAAAUUCCUUGUUGGCAGAGAUGGAAAGGUUGUCAACCGAUGGGCAAGCACGACCAAGCCCGAGUCGUUGAAGGCGGAUAUUGAGAAGGCGCUUGCGGCGAAAUAA